UCCUUGGUUUCCAUGUGAGGACGCUCCGUGGCCGAGAGUUGUACUUUGUUCUCCACGUGCAUCAAAUGUGACUGGCGAGUGUAAAUCGGGGUCAUGUUGUUGCCUGUCACACAGUUGGACUUCACUUGCAACUUCCUGCAUCGACUGUGCUCUCAAGCUCGAUACCCGAAGUCGUUGUUAUACUAUGUCUGAGCUCAAGACACGCAAGCGCGACCUCAGCAACCAGGUCCAGAAUGGACCUGGACAACCACUUGCGCAAAUUGGUCCCGACAAGCAGCGGAUGACGCUUUCCUGGCACGAAAUACCGGAAUGGCAGAGGGAUAACGAGUACAUUUUAACGGGCUACAGACGAGUGCAAAACUGUUGGUCAGGCUGCAUUGCAUCUAUCUACAGUUAUCCCCAUAACGAAACUGGUAAGUCUCUUGUUCUCUUAAGUAGACGCGAUUCAUUGCAGCUUCCAGUGAACAUCCUCAGCCAUCUGGCUGGUGCUGUGCUUUUUCUCUGGAUUCUGGUGACAUUUCGCGGGCAAUAUAUCUUGGCGUAUAGCACUACCACUUGGCUGGACACCUCUGCCUUCAGUAUUUUUCUACUCUCUGCCGUGUUCUGCCUCACUGCGAGUGCCAUGUUCCACACCGCCACUUGCCAUUCGGAACAGGUUUCGACCCAAUGCCAUGCACUGGAUUAUUCAGGGAUCGUCGUCCUCACCGUCGGAUCUUUUGUACCAUGCCUGUACUAUGGAUUCUACUGCGAACCAGCCUUGCAAGCCUGUUAUCUAUGUUCCAUCGCUCUAGUUGGUGCAGGCGCGGCAUAUAUCGUUCUAAACCCUGAAUAUGCAAAACCAACGCAUCGAGGUGCACGAACCGGUGUUUUCAUUGGUCUCGGAUUGUCUGCUGUGGUCCCGGUGGCUCACUUAUUGGUAUCGCAUGGAACAUCCAAGCUAUUUUCCGAGAUGGGUUUUGGUUGGCUGCUCGCAUCAGGCGGCCUAUACAUCACGGGCGCGUUGAUUUACGCUAAUCGCAUACCGGAGCGCCUGGCUCCAGGGAAAUUCGACUUGCUCUUCGCAUCGCAUCAAAUAUUUCACUGCUGUGUGGUCCUGGCCGCUCUGGCUCACUGGAUGUGUGUAUUGACUGCCUUCGAUCACUGGCAUUCUGGGCUUGGACGGAUGGAAAUUGUGACAUGCUGAUGUUGCGCUGUGGGCAGCCUGGGAAAAAUUUGUCGGAACAUGCCUCAAUGGCGGGUCUUUGCCCAGCAGGUUCACGGCUCCGGCGGAGUCAUUAGCGCGGAGACAAAAUCCACGUUGCAGGGUGUAUCCGUAAGCAUAAUGGAAGUUUGGUCAUCCUCAUUUCAAUUGACAGGUUGAGUGUAUACCUUCGGAGACCGCGAUGCGGGAGU